ACCACGUUUUGACGUAAUAUUGUUACGUCAAGACGACAUCGUACGCCGGCGCAUGUACAAUCUUUCGAUGCACCUACUCGUCUAUUCUCUCUUAACCGUGUAAAACAGUGAGUCUACGAAAAUACUUGAAAAAAAUAUUUAGGAAAACCACCAUUCUUCAUCUGACCAAAAUUUUGGUGAAAAAUGGUCAAAAAUAUGGAAAGAAAAAAUUAUGGUCAAUCUUAAUAAUCACUUAUACGACGAAAAAAGACAUCUAUCCAAAGAAGCACAAUCAGUUGUCAAUGCAACGACUGCAGGUUUUGUCACAGGUUUUAUUCUAGGUGGUAUAGCUAAAGCAAAAGAUGUACCAGAGACUUAUAAAGCAGAAAAUCAAGCAACUGUUUACCAGCAUAAAUUCGAUGCUUACAGAGAAAUUCAAUAUAAAGUAACCUUAAGUUUAAUAAAAGGAGGUCUUUCAUUUGCUCUGAAACUUGGAACAUUUUGUUUCUUGUUCUCGAGUAUAUCAGCAAUUUUUUAUAUUUACAAAGGGAAAUUUGAUGUAAUAAGUUCCACGUGUAGUGGUGCUAUAACAGGCUGCUUAUACAAAAUAAAUAUGGGAUUAAAAGGAGCAUUUGCAGGUACUCUACUUGGUUCAAUAUUAGGAACUAUUUAUGGUAUUUCAACAGCCCUCAUUUUAUUUAUAACUGGAGUUGAAAUGGAUGAAUUAUAUGAAACUGGAAAGUUAUUUCCAAGUACAAGACGAGAAAAAAUAAGAGAACAGACAAGAAAACUAAUGGCAGAUGAAAAAUCAGAACUACAAAUGUUAUAUGAACAGAAGUAUGCAUCGGUAAAUACAAUAAAAAAUGAAGAAAAACAGUAGAAAAGUGAAAAUUUAAAAGAUAAAAAUU